UUGUGCUAUGAAUUUGGUGGGUUUAAUGUUCUUUUUCUCUGACACAUAUUCUAAUUUGUUGCUGUUUGUUUACUUAUCAAAUCAUUCAGAGAAGAAAUAGUGGGUUUGAACUUUGAUGAUUAGUAGAAAAUAUAUGUGAAAAUUUUAGAUUAUAUGUAGAGGAGGGAGACGGAACAUGGAAGAGUGAAAGCUAUGUGAUUUCUAGAGGAGAGUGAAGCAGUAAUGUGGCUGAGACUUGAGAGGGAGGUUUUAUUGACCAACAUAGUGGCUUUCACUAAAACAAUUUUGAGUUUUAUAGGCCUUGGGACUGAGUUUCUUGCUUUUUAACGUACUUAGUUUGCAACGAGUUUAUUAUGAAGACUAUGAUGGAACCUUUUGUGUUGUUAGGAAUUGGAGAUUUGGGGAGUUUCCAAGUGUCGCAGGUUGGACACGACCCUAAGGUGGAAAUUGGAAUGGUGAUUUGGAGAGUGUAUGUAUUAUGUAACGUAGAUUCAUUGUUGAAUUCAGCAUAUUAGACAUUAUAACGGCUAGCUAUACCUAAGAGAUAUAUGAAAACUAGAAGGAGGCAUGUUAGGGUCCUAUGUUGUGGACGUAGGCACUUGUGGGAACAAAUUUAUGAUAAUAUCUAGAAGGCAUGCUAUAGUGGAUGUGUUUAGUAGAGGUGGAACCUCAUGUUCACCUGGACGGUGGAAAUUUCUACCUAUUAGAUAUCUCUUCUUGAUGCACUUGUACUGAAAUAAAGGGUGUUUGUAGAAUCGAGGUGCACAAUAUGCCUUAUUUGGUAUUCUAACUCUAGUUCUAUUCAUGAUCUAUGCAUUCAUGUAUGUCAAGUCCGUCGAAAUUUCUUGAAGCUUGAAAAUGCUUGAUGUAGUGUGGACGGGCCUAGUGAUGGAUUCCAAAACUUUUUUGGCUUGCAUUGUGUUUCAGGAGAUUUCUGGAAGCUAACUGGUUUGAGGACUUUUAAUUACUGUUAUCUUUCCCAUGCAUGUGAUAUCACCUUUACUCCUUUAGUCUCUACUCAAUCUUUGUGUCGAAUAUGACAUGCAUCAGAUACAUCAAUAGUGCUGGAAGCACUGUGACCCAGCUGGAUGUAUGUGUCAGAUUCAAUGUGUAUUUUAGAUAGUCAGUUGGGGAAGCCUUACAGGUGCUGGAGUGGUAAAUUUGCUGGCUGUAAUGCUGUUGCACAGGGGAAAAUUUCUGCUGCAGGUUUCCGUUUAGCUUCAGUGAGCUGUGGUGUUAGUAAGAAGUCAUCAAGUAGGCAUCUUCCAUGACAGCUCGCUUGGCAGGCGAUUACAAAUGAUGGUGAUAAGCUUGUCCUCGUAUCGUACAAUAUUUUAGCUGUUGAAAAUGCAUCAAAGCAUCCUCAUUUGUAUCUUGAGGUCCCGUUCAAGUACAUGGAAUGGGACCACCGAAGAGCAGCUAUAUGCAAGGAGUUAACCCAGUAUGAUCCUAGCAUCUUAUGUUUUCAGGCAAUUGAUCGUUUUAGUGAUUUACACGAUGCCCUCCAACAAGAUGGAUUCAAAGGUGUAUUAAAGGCGCGCACGGGUGAUGCUCAGGAUGGAUGUGCUAUUUUUUGGAAAGAUGAACGGUUUAAACUUCUGCAUGAGGAAAACAUUGAAUUCCAGAGCUUUGGUCUGCGUAACAAUGUUGCACAAUUCUGUGUCCUCAAGAUGAACGAUGAUCAAUUGAAUUCUGAUCCAGCAUUGUCAAUGUCAACGAGUCUGGUAGUCGGAAAUAUACAUGUUCUUUUCAACCCAAAUCGAGGAGAUAUCAAGCUAGGACAGAUACGUCUGUUCCUGGAGAAGGCCCACAGAUUAUCUGAGGAAUGGGGUGGAAUCCCUGUUGUGCUUGCUGGUGAUUAUAACAGUGUUCCUCAGAGUGCUUUAUAUGAAUAUGUAUCCUCCGCAAAGUUGGAUAUCUUACAACAUGACAGAAAAAGAAUUUGUGGUCAGAUUGAGACGCCACUGCGUCACAAUUCUCUAUUUAAGCAGCCAUUCAGACAAAAGCGAUUGCAAUAUGGAUGGAAUGAUGAAGAACUGAAGCUUGCUGCUGGGAGUGAGAAAGUCACUUGUCUGCAACACAGUCUAAAGCUCCACAGUGCAUAUCUGGGAGUUCCUGGGAAUAUUGUAACAAGAGAUGAUGUAGGAGAGCCCUGGGCGACAUCAUGCCAUUCCAAAUUCCUUGGAACUGUGGAUUACAUAUGGCACAGUGAACAUCUUAUUCCUGUUAGAGUCCUUGAGACAUUACCUAGGAAUGCGUUAGAAAAUAUUGGAGGUCUUCCCAGUAAGAAUUGGGGCAGCGACCAUCUAGCAUUAGUGUGCGAAUUUGCUGUUGCCAAUUUCAAAACACCGGUUUAGCAGCUGCUAUCACACUUCCCAAAAGGAGUUGCAACUAUAGGAUUUGAAGCAUCAUAGCUCCCAUAAGGAAAAGAUCUGCCCAAAAUCCAACGUGCAUUUUGGUUCACACCAUGAAAUACCCUACUGGUGAAGGUUAUCAGAUCCAUAUGGACUGGUUUUUAAAUCACUCUUCAAGUAUGUCAGGUACCGGAGCUCAAUUGUGGGAAACCGAUGAAAUGGACAGGAUUGAUGAAAUCAAAGGGCUAACAAAUUAUGAGGGUGAGCAAGGCAGCAAUGAUUCGAUGGCAUAGCAAGGCAGGUCACACAACAGAGGCAAAUCAGGAACUUCAAGAGUUGCAUCCUGAAGCAGAUCUCACUGAUCAAUUAUAUGUUAAUUUUCUUCAUUCUCUCUCUUUUUACCGAAUUGUUCCUGAAGGAAUUGGACAACUUAGAAUGUAAUUAUAAAUACAGUCACUGACAUAACCCUAGUUCAGUAAAUUCGAUGGUUCCAGUACCAAUAGUAAUUCAGUUCCCGUUAGUAUCUACUUUGAGAUCAUUCUGAUAA